CUGGAGAGCAGACGACGACAAUACUUAACUUGAACGAUACUCAACUUUCAAAUAACAUUUAUAAGUUUGAAUAACUUUGUUUAUUUUUUAUCUUAACAGUUCUUACAUAUUAUAGAAGUUGCCUCUUCAUAGGUUAUUAAUCAUGUCUGUGCAAGGAGAUCCAGAGUUAAGUGAUUUAGUCGCACAAACUCUUGAAAACUCGGGAGUGUUAGCUAAAAUCAGAGCAGAACUCAGAGCUAGCGUCUUUUUGGUGUUAGAAGAGCACGAAGCCUUCAAGGGAAAGAGUUUUUCUGCUUCAAACCAACCGUUGAAGGAAUUCAUAGCAACUCCAGAAGGGAAAACAAUAGUAAACCUGAUACAAGAGUUUCUUGAAUAUUUUGGUCUUGAGUUCACAGCAAGAGUUUUUGAACCAGAAAUUCAAACUGCUAAAAGUUGUGAAUACAAUGGGCGGGAUAAGCUAGCUCAAGAUCUUAAGUUGAGUUCAGGUAAAAAAUCUCCUUUGAUUGCUCAAGUUUUACAAGAUUCAAAACAAUUCUUUCCUUUGACUUCUUCAUCAAAGGAGAGCCACCUCAUUAGCAAAAAGGAUAAAACAAAAGAUGAAAAGAGUGCUGAAGAAUGUACCGACCAAGUAACAAAGCCUGACAGUGCCAUCAACAAUCCAGUUAAAACUGUUGAGAGUCAUCCUCUCAACAUUGAGGGGAAACCUUUACUGUCUUCAAAUACACCUCCUCCUUUCCAGAAUCACCUCAAGAAACCCGACAGACUUGAACUGAUGCAAACAAAUCUUAAGCCAAAUGGAAGUUCCUUGUCUUCACUGGGAGGACUGCCGCCCCUUGGUCUCCCACAAAAUAACCAAAACAAUAAAUUCAGCAUCAACAAAAGUGCCAAACCAGUAACACACGAUAUCAAAGCCCUUUUAGAGUUGGGAUCUGAUAGUACAGAAAAUAACUAUGAAGAAGAUUUCCUCCCAUCUGGCAGUGAAAAAGCCAGCAAAGGUACAAACAUAUCUUGUUCUGGCAGUGGAAGUGAAAUAGAGGAAGAAAUGUCUGUUGGGAUGGAGGACCACACGACUGACUUAAGUAGCGGAGGAAGUGGGAAGUCUUCUGGUGGUGAUCUAUGAACCUUCCAUUCAAACCUCUCUAGUCCUGAGUCAAUUACAACACCAAGAAAAAUGUCUAAACUUUUCAUUCCACCGGUCUUAUUGAUUUGACAAUUAUCCUUGUCAUAUUUGUUACUGCAAGUGUAUAUGUUAUUGUUAAGUAUUUAUUUGAUCAGCUUUUAAAUGUUAUGUUCAAUAAUUAUUGAGCACAAUUUGCCCAAAUAUUAGGGCUUAUUUUAUGAUUGAAAUAACAACUGUUCUUUUGGUAUGAGCACAAAAAUAAAUAACAAGGUAAUUUUUAUACAUUUAUAUUUUAAAAAAUAAAUAAAUACUGCACUGUGCUAUU